AUGGGCGACGACGAAUUGCUCGAGAUUUACGACGAGAUCGCGGCCAUCGAGCCGAUCUCUCCUGUUGACGACGUUGACUACUUUACCUCUCAUAGACUGUCGGACAGGCUCGAGCCAUGCUCUGCGCCUCGCAUCGCCACUAUCCUCGACGACAACCGCGACAUGCGCGUCGCGCUGUUUGAUCUACUUCUCCCUGACAAGCCCCGCAUCUACGAUGAUCGCUUCAAGGCAGCAGAGGCCAAGGUGCGCAUAGCCGAGGCCGAGAUCCGGGUGGCCAAGGCCAAGGUCGGAGUGGCCGAGGCCAAGGUCGAAGUGGCCGAGGCCAAGGUCGACGAGGCCGAGACCAGGGUUGACGUGGCCGAGGCCAAGGUCGGGGUGGCCGAGGCCAAGGUCGGGGUGGCCGAGGCCAAGGCAGUGAUUGGCGCACGGCAUGCUGGAGUCGCAACGGAUGCCGACGUGGCCUCGGCCACGUCAGCCGUGAUUGGCGCACGGCAUGCUGGAGUCGCAACGGAUGCCGACGUGGCCGAGGCCAAGGUCGGGGUGGCCGAGGCCAAGAUCGGUGUGGCCGAGGCCAAGCGACUGGGGGUGGCCAAGGCCAAGGUUGUCGUGCUCGAGGCCAAGGUUGUCAUGCUCGAGGCCAAACUGCGCCAUGCCUCGCCGGCUAACGAGAAGCUCCACCCGCAGAUCGGCAUUAUUCAGCCGCACGGGGCGGCCUCCAAGUCUAGGGCAAAGGGCUUUGCGUCACACCUAUCGCCGGUCUCGGAUCCGGCAGCACUCUACCCUCUGCUGGUGACCGGGCACCUGAAGAUGGUUGGAUGGCCGGAGCAGGAGAGCCAGUCACCUUCGGCAAGCAGUGGAGCUUUGUCCGUGGCCGAUCUUGCCAGUGGGCCGGGAGACCUCGGCAGUGGCGCUGCUGCCUCUCCGCCCAUUCGCCAGUUUGUCGAGCUCGACCACAACGUCGCCCUGGGAAUGUUUAGCCGCGUUGGUAACCUGCAGGCUGCUAUGCAAAAGGCUGUGCGUGACAUCACCCAAUCUCUCUGGCCUCUGGUCUUCACCUCCAGCUCUAGCCCGUGUGUCGGGCUUGAUGCUGACCCAAUGCAGACCUUCCAUCUCGAACGCACUUUCCUCUCGGAGCUCACGUCGUCGCUGUACGUCUUUCUUGGCGACGAGAUCUCGACUUCCUUUCCGAGUGACACGGAGCUGACCAAGCACACGGCCAGUGCUUUGGAUUUUUGCUUGCAGAAUCGAGCAGAUCUCGACAAGGUCAUUGCCAGCGCGACAUCAGUCGAGCGCGCAACAACGCGUUUGGCCGCUAUCACGUCGGAGCUGGCCCAGUCCGGAUCGUCGUCGUCGCGUCCAGACUCAAACCGUCGGGCAACCGAGCUGCUUGCCGCGAUGAUCGAGGCGGAGAAAGAACUGACCAACCCGCAACUGGAGCAGAUUCCGGUUCGGGUGACGAAUGCGCGCGAGAGCCGCGAAGACUCGCAUGAUCCCAGUUCCUCGGACGCACGCAGUGCUGAUGCUGUUGUGUUCAACCGAAGCCCAUUGCGGACGUGGAUGUGGGUCGAACACCCGGUACUCCGCAACGCGCAGCCGGACGUACUCUGGGGCCUCCACUCCCAGCAGGUCAAGCUCGGCUUUGGCAUCUUUGAGCCCGGCAGUUCCUCCAAGGGGGGACAAGUCGAGGCGUACGCUUCUGCCUUGGGGCUGGCUGCUGCUGGCUACCCUGCUGUGAUUUCGAUCCUCUCACUCUCUGGGUCGUUUCCCACGCCGGAAAACUCCGGCGCCAACAUCUCGCUGCAACUUGCAGCCCACCUUGUCGGCGAAAACCAGGUGCAGCAUGUAGCUGUGGGCCUCCUCAAGACCGACUCGCUCACAUCGUACGUGGACAUUGUGGCCGGCUUUGCAGUUUCGAUGUCCGAGGUAACCCAGAUCAUGGUCAAGCGCCUGGCGGACCCAAGCCUUGCGCCGCAGCAGUUUGGGCCCAACGUGGCGGUUGUCGCUGGAUUUGUCUUCAAGUGGUUCCGCCCCUCCUCCCGCUGCUGGCCGAACCUGGAUGCGUGGACGAUUGUGUCGCCCGAGCUGCGGAUGUGCUUGAUGGUGGUCGACAAAGCGUUCACCGUUCUCCACGGACCCCACAACGAGACGGUCGAGGCGCUACCUGGUCAUGUUGCUGUCGUUGUCACCAAGGCUGUGACCGAUGUUGAGGUCGACGACACGGGCGUGACUACGGCCCACUUUGACGACGUGGCGGCCCGGCUGAAGAAGCUCCAUGCCGCGGGCAUUGUCCAUGGCGACGUCCGCCGUAGCAACAUUGUCUUUGGCAACAACGGCAAAGGUUACCUCAUUGACUUUGACCUUGCGCGGCCGGUCGGAACCGUGUACCCGGCACGUCUCCGUGUGGUGCGCGACGGGUCACGCGCGCCUGGUUGUGUCAACUCAACAGCCAUCAUGGCGGUUGCGCACGACGUAUUUGCGUUGGGUGGCGUGAUGGAGCUGUACCAAGCCGUCGACAAUGGCAGACAGAGCGAGUGGAUCGCUCUCGUCGAAUCGUUGAAAGCGGAGGAGCACGGGGCCGCGGUCGGCAAGCUACCGAGCGAGUGGCCGAACCCGCCGUUCCUGCUGCAGCGCACCAGGUCCGCCCGCAGCAAGUCGUGGUCACGCGGAACUGGGUCGCCGUAAACAUGCAUCA